AUGCCCUGCUGUCUGACCUGGAGACCACCACCUCACACAUGCCAAAGUCAGGGGCUCCAAAAGAGCGCCCCCAAGAGCCACCCACACCUCCCAUGCCCUAUGGCCACCAGCCACAGACAGCCUCUGCGGAAUCUUCAGGAGCUUCUGGAGAAAAAGACCACCUGUACAGUACGGUAUGCAAGCCUCGGUCCCCAAAGCCUGCGGCCCCUGCGGCCCCUCCAUUCUCCUCUUCCAGUGGUGUCUUGGGCACUGGGCUCUGUGAGCUAGACCGGUUGCUUCAGGAACUCAAUGCCACCCAGUUCAACAUCACAGAUGAAAUAAUGUCUCAGUUCCCGUCUAGUAAGGCGGCUGCAGAAGAGCAGAAGGAGGACCAAUCUGAAGAGAAGAAAAGGCCCAGCCUCCCUCCCAGCCCCUCCCCUGUCCUCCCAAAGCCUUCAGCCACCUCGGCCACUCUGGAGCUGGAUAGACUCAUGGCCUCACUCUCAGACUUCCGUGUCCAGAACCAUCUUCCAGCUUCUGUGUCAACUCAGCCGCCAGCACCCAGCUCCAUGAAUGAGGACUCCCCAUCCCCACCCAGACCGACCAGCAAGGGCAGCCUAGACACCAUGCUGGGACUGCUGCAGUCUGACCUCAGCCGCCGUGGUGUUCCUACCCAAGCCAAGGGCCUCUGUGGCUCCUGCAAUAAACCUAUUGCUGGGCAAGUGGUGACAGCUCUGGGGCGCGCCUGGCACCCUGAGCACUUCGUUUGCGGAGGCUGUUCCACAGCCCUGGGAGGCAGCAGCUUCUUCCAGAAGGAUGGAGCCCCUUUCUGCCCCGAGUGCUACUUCGAGCGCUUCUCCCCAAGAUGUGGCUUCUGCAACCAACCCAUCCGACAUAAGAUGGUUACAGCCUUGGGCACCCACUGGCACCCGGAGCAUUUCUGCUGCGUCAGUUGCGGGGAGCCCUUCGGAGAUGAGGGUUUCCACGAGCGCGAGGGUCGCCCCUACUGCCGCCGGGACUUCCUGCAGCUGUUCGCGCCGCGCUGCCAGGGCUGCCAAGGCCCCAUUCUGGACAACUACAUCUCGGCGCUGAGCGCGCUCUGGCACCCCGACUGCUUCGUCUGCAGGGAAUGCUUCGCGCCCUUCUCGGGAGGCAGCUUUUUCGAGCACGAGGGCCGCCCGCUGUGCGAGAACCAUUUCCACGCGCAGCGAGGCUCGCUGUGCGCCACGUGUGGCCUCCCGGUGACCGGCCGCUGCGUGUCGGCCCUGGGCCGCCGCUUCCACCCGGACCACUUCACGUGCACCUUCUGCCUGCGCCCGCUCACCAAGGGCUCCUUCCAGGAGCGCGCGGGCAAGCCGUACUGCCAGCCCUGCUUCCUGAAGCUCUUCGGCUGACCGCCCUUGGGGCUCGCCGCGCCCCGGAAGACCGCACCCUACCACGACCCCGAGGCCUGGCUGUUUGAGUUUGGGGCCCCCAAAUCCUCCCCGCUCUGUGAGGCUCCACCCACUGGAGAGAGCCGCCCCUUCGGUACUCCACGUUCUCGGAGGUCAAGUUCAAAAAGGCCCAGGCAAUGCUAAACCCUCACGCCCCCAAAGUGGAUCGUACACUGAUAGAUCCCGCGCGAGUCCUUCGCUCUCUUCCCACCCCGGAGGGAGCCCCCUGACUGGAGGAGAGUCCUUGCGAAUCCGACUAGUCAGAGGCCAGGCCAGGACGUCCCUGCUCCCCGCUCCUUCACUGUUCUGUGCACUUUUUUCUACCCACAUAAACACACAUUCCACGU